CUCGAAUUCAAGCCAACCAUAAUCCACGGCCAACUCGAUAGCCGAAGGUGGUGGCUGCAUACUUCCCGAAGCGAAGAAGGCUGUCGACUGACUGUCGGCAUUUCUCCUCUCUGCUUCCUCUCCAAUGGCGAUCUCGAAGAAUCCCAAAAACAAGCAACAGAAGCCGAGAUCUCCUCUGCUCCUUCUGUUGGUGGCAACGUUGGCCAUUGGCCUUGUUUGGUUUCUCUUCUCUUCCUCGGUUUCCGUUUUUCGCUUCUCGUUUACUUUGGGGAGUGCAGCAGGCGAAAUUGAAGGAUCAAGUGGCCUUGAAAGCAAGUACUUGUACUGGGGCGACAGGAUAGACUGCCCUGGUAAGCAUUGCGAAUCUUGUGAGGGGCUCGGGCACCAGGAGUCCAGCCUCAGAUGCGCGCUCGAGGAAGCCCUCUUUCUCAAGAGGGUGUUUGUGAUGCCUUCUAGAAUGUGCAUUAACCCAAUACAUAAUAAGAAAGGGAUCCUCCAUCAUUUGACCAAUGUAUCAUCACAGGAAAGAUGGGCAGCAAGUUCUUGUGCAAUGGACUCUUUGUAUGAUCUGAAUCUCAUUUCCGAAACUAUACCAUUAAUACUUGAUAAUUCGAAGAUGUGGUAUCAUGUAGUAUCAACAACUAUGAAACUGGGAAACAGAGGUGUACUACAUGUGGAGGGAACUAGCAGGGAAGAUCUCAGAGACAAUACUUUUUACUCAAACGUCCUGCUAAUAAACCGCAGUGCAAAUCCGCUUUCAUGGUUUAUGGAGUGCAAGGAUCGAUCAAAUCGUAGUGCAGUCAUGUUACCGUAUUCAUUUCUUCCUACAAGUGCAGCACCAAAGCUAAGAGCUGCAGCAAGAAAGAUUAAGGAUCUGUUAGGUGAUUAUGAUUCUAUUCAUGUGAGGCGAGGUGACAAGAUAAAGACUAGAAAAGACCGAUUCGGAGUUUCUCGAACCCUACAUCCCCAUCUUGACCGAGAUACUCGUCCUGAAUUUAUUCAACUCAGAAUUGCAAAAUGGAUCCCACCAGGUCGUACCCUAUUCAUAGCUUCAAAUGAGAGGACACCUGGGUUCUUCGCACCUCUUUCUGCAAGGUACAAGGUAAUGGGCUCAUCAAAUUUCAGUAGCAUUUUGGAUCCAGUAAUAGAAAACAAUUACCAGCUCUUCAUGGUAGAGAGAUUGGUCCUGGGUGGUGCUAAAACCUUCAUCAAGACAUUUAAAGAGUUUGAAGGCGAUCUCAGCCUUACAGAUGAUCCCAAAAAGAACACAAAGAAUUGGCAGGUUCCUCUAUAUACUUUGGAAGAUGGAAUCUAAGUGCCAAAUAUGUAAAGCUCAUUUUAUACCAUGAAAAUACUUCAUCAAAUAUGUAAGCCCAUUUAGUUACAAAAAUUUAGGUUUGGGUUUCUGAGUCUGCAAAGGGUUGAGGAUAUUAUGCUGGACAAAAAUUUAGGUGAUAAUAUUCCUUGCAAGAUAUAGCAGAAUGGGCAGAGUUUUCAUUUCUU